AUGUUGCCUACGCUCGCCGCCCUAUUAGUCAUGGUCUAUCGCCCCCGCUUAUUCAAUCUAGACCUCGACGAAAGCCUUGAGCCCCACAUGGACGACCCCGCCGACGAGCCUCUCUAUGUUCCCGACGACCCCCUCGACAGCAUACGAUUCCUCUUCGAUCCCUUGGACGAAUCCAUCGUUGCUUCCUGGAAACCAGAAGUGACCGAGUUCUCCGUCGCAGAAGCCGCCGAGGUGCUCCGUCCUGAUUGCCACACCGCCGUACCAGGUACGCUGAGGAGGCCACGAAGCCAACAUCAGCCACGGGCGCGGCGUCUCGACCCUAUGACGUCAGCUCCCGGCGGUGUUGACGGUGCGCAAAGGCGAUCGCGCUCUCUUGACCCUUGGGGUACAGCUCCCGCGGACGUCGGCGAUGCUCGAGGCCGCGGCCGAAGGCGGCGUAGGGCUCGCUCGUCGACCCGCGAAUCCCUCGACGCUGCCGAUGACCCGAUAGUGAGGGAUGAGAAUGUCGGCGACGGCGAACGCAUCUGCAGACAUUGUGGCACGAGGGAGACGCCGCAGUGGCGAUCCGGUCCCAAUGGAUCCAGCGAACUGUGCAAUGCCUGCGGCAUUAGGUACAAGUCCGGCCGCCUGUUUCCGGAGUACCGGCCGUCUACAACUGCUACAUCCAUAGACAGCAGCAACUAUUCCAACAGGCAUAGCACUAUAAUGACAAUUAGACAAAGGAGAGAUAAUGAAAGACGAGGAAGAGAAAGAGGCUGA